GUGAUGCUCCUCUCCCUGAGUCCACGUGUUCUCCUUGUUCAACACCCACCUAUGAGUGAGAACAUACGGUGUUUGGCUUUGCUAGAUUCUUUAAAGAUCCUGCUUCAUCCUGAAAAUCUGCUGUAGUACAGGGAAGGAUGAAGAUAGGGAGAAGGGCCACUGGCAGCAUGCAGUUCAUCCCUGACUGACCCUAACCUCAAGAAGCAACAACUCAAAUUCUCCGAGGGAAUAGGAGCACUUUAGACCAGCAAUACACCAACACUAGUCUGAUCCUAGUUGCUGUUGACAAGAAUGGACACCUUGAGUGUGCCCCUUGGUGUGGUGAUUCUGAACACAAACCUAGAGGCAAUUCCAAACCUGGAAUAAGAAUAAGGCUCUCCUUGGGCAUGACUCAAAUAGAAAAGCUCUUUGAAUCAUAUUUGAAUCUGAGUCACCCACCAGUCUUUUCUUUGUCCCAUAAAGGCAAUUCAAGCAUUGAGGUAUAAACCAGGCUUUUUGAUUCUCAGCCUUCCCUUCUCAGCCACCUCCCAUCUCAACCACUCCAUGGAAACAGUAAGAUCUCUUUCAGGCAUUUAUUUUAAAGAGAGAUUACUUCAUAAAAGCAGGUUUUGGGGGCUUGGGGGCUUAAGAGAGUUACUAGAAAUUAUUGUCAGUUCUUGCUGUAAAGCUAUCUCUGCCCCUGAGACACAUGGUGUGCCAAAUGGCCGCAUAAAUCUGAUUAUUCUCCUUUCCUCUUUCUCCUUCCAUGUUAAAAUGCUUCUGAUUUACCAACAACUUCAGGAGAGUUAAAACAAAUGACACCUAACAAAUUCUGACCCUCCACUGCUACCGAUGCACUGAUGAUGCAUCAUCAUGAACUGUAUUUUUAGAGACCUGCAAGUGUUAUAUUGGGCUAGCCCAUAUUUAGGUCAUCUUUGUCACCUCCUCCAAAUCCGUCUGAAAUUUUAAAGACCUUCUCAGAGUCUACAAUCACACUUGCUAGAAAUUCUUACUUACUUAAACUUACAUGUCUCACCCUACUGUUUAAUUGUUCUCUCUUGAUUUUCAAAGCUCUGUCUGAUGGACCUUGAAGUGUAAUAUAUGAAUUUCAUGCCUAUAUAAAAAGCUGAAUGGAAGAUUCUGAAACUCAUGCAUUUAGAUCCAUUCUCAGUUUCAGCAACAGCCCUUUCAUUAUCCUAUGUGUCUCACACUCCUAUUCCACUUUCUCCCUCUCCCUCUUCAUAGAAUCUCAAAUCCUCAGAUUAUCAAAUGAAGAGUUAAUUUUCAUCACUUAGGGUAUGACCCUUCUUCCAUGGAAUAGCCAUUGAUACAGCCAAUUAGGUAUAGACUUAGGGUCCAAUUUUAUCAGAAUUUUCUGAUAGAAAUGCUUAGAAAAUUCGGUGAUCAUAUGGUUCAAAAUGAUUUGUUACCAAAAUCCACUCCUACAAUUAAGCAUUCUGGUUUCACAGCUGGGGGUGGGAGGUAGUUACACGUUUCUUUGUAUCAGAAUCAGAAGGAAACAAACAAACAAAAAAUAACCAUCAGAAAUAGAGAAAUGCAGUUUGAAAAGUAGAAACUAUUAAAAGCAACAGAAAGACUGUUAAAAGGGAAAACAUAGGCUAAAGAAACAGCAUGAAGGGCAGGUGUACAACAGCCAUGCCAUGUGAAAAUGUAAGGAAUUCUUUAUGGAUAAUUCGGGGAUCAGUUAGCCUGAAAACAGCACUGGUUAACCGGAGCUUUGGGUAUUAGGGGGAGAUGGAAAUUCCUGGACAAUUAAUCAUCUGCUGCGUCUUUUUGUACCCUUAGCACCCAGCUCAGCGCCUGGGCACAGAGUAGCUGUCAAUAUUUCAAUAGUAAAUGGAAUACUGGUGGAACUACCCUAUUUUCAAACAAACUAUAAAAUUCUGUGACAGUCACUUCCAAGCAUAAGCGGGUCCAAUCUAUGGGGGGAUUUGUCGGGGAAGCGACCUAAAGCAAAGUAUGGGGCAUCCAUUGAUACAGUUCCGCUGGCUGCCUGGGGAAAAAACGCAGAGGACGCAAGCUCAGCUGCGGAGAUGUGAGACCACCCUUGAGGUUUGUCUUUUACGUUAUUGUCCGCCAGGCUCUUGCGCAACUUCUAUCUCCACCUGUCGACCUAAAGGCAACCAGGGAGUUAGCCAGGGGCAGUUCUAUGGUAACAAGACUCUUGGGGGCAGUACGCCUCCUCUCCCUUGGCGUCCCUCGCCUGCAACUGCCGCGCUGCCUGCCCCUCGUGCCUCUGCAAAGAUGCAGAGGUCGAAGCACGUUGCUGUGCGGUGAUGAAAUGCUCCCUGAAUCAGUCUCUGGAGCCCGGCCCCUCACACCCACCAGGAUCCUGGGGUUGCCUCUAGUAUCCCUGUGGGUGCUCCCGCCCCCUUCUUAGACUACCCUCGCCCUCUAAUCCAAGCCCGCUUCUCUGGCUCCUGUCCACCACUUGAUGGGCGUUCCGGGGUGGCCGCGGUCCUCUGCGUCCCUGAGCACUAGCAGCGCGGGCCGGGCAGCGGGGAGGGAGGCGUGAAGCCGAGCAGGGGGAGUCCCGGGCUUGCGCGCCGCGGUGCUCCACGAGGGAUUUGCCGCCUUCAGCUGCAGUAGCUGCAGCUGCGGCGGCGGCGGCUGGAAGAGGGGUGGAGGGUAGUGAGGAGGGCCGGAGCCCGGGCCAGGAGGGAGGGAGGGGAGCCAGGAGGCUGUGCCAGGCGAGCCGGAGGGGUGCUCCGCGCUCCCCCGCCCUCCUUCCGGGAGCGAGGAUGCAGACUAUGAAACUGGUGCUGCUGGGUUGAGGCGGAGGCAGGGGAGUUGCAGCGCGCGAGGCUCGGUGAGUGUGUCUCCUGCGUGCGGAGAGGCGGGGGGAGGCGGAGGACCAGGAGGAGGAGGAGGAGGAGGGGGAGAAUGCCCGGAGCCGCCGCCGCUGCCGCCGCCGCCGCCGCGAUGCUCCCGGCUCAGGAGGCUGCCAAGCUGUACCACACCAACUAUGUGCGGAACUCGCGGGCCAUCGGCGUGCUGUGGGCCAUCUUCACCAUCUGCUUUGCCAUCGUCAAUGUGGUGUGCUUCAUCCAGCCCUACUGGAUCGGCGACGGCGUGGAUACCCCGCAAGCCGGCUAUUUCGGGCUCUUCCACUACUGCAUCGGCAACGGCUUCUCCCGGGAGCUGACCUGCAGGGGCAGCUUCACGGACUUCUCCACGCUGCCCUCGGGCGCAUUCAAAGCUGCUUCCUUCUUUAUCGGUCUCUCCAUGAUGCUCAUCAUCGCCUGCAUCGUCUGCUUUACCCUCUUCUUUUUCUGCAACACAGCCACUGUGUACAAGAUCUGUGCCUGGAUGCAGCUCACCUCCGCUGCCUGCCUUGUGCUUGGCUGUAUGAUUUUCCCUGAUGGCUGGGACUCAGAUGAAGUAAAGCGGAUGUGUGGAGAAAAGACAGACAAGUACACUCUUGGGGCUUGCUCAGUCCGCUGGGCAUACAUCCUGGCUAUUAUUGGAAUUUUGGAUGCCCUGAUCCUUUCGUUUCUCGCAUUUGUGCUUGGAAAUCGACAAGACAGCUUGAUGGCAGAGGAACUGAAGGCAGAAAACAAAGAUGAUGGAAAUGCUUAAGGCAAACUAAGGUAGUGUGAGACCACACCAUUUCUGCUAAGCCAAUAUUCUCUAGAAUGAGCACAAAACAAAUCGAACAACAGCUAAACAAAUCGAAUAACAGCUUUUGUACAUCAACAUCAAGAAGAAAUACGCUGGAGAGAGAUCAGAAUAUAGAGAUGAAUAUGAACAAGAAUGGAACAUUCACUUGUCAACGCACCUUCUGAAUCUAGAUCAGCAGAGAUGGGAGUGAUUUUCUGGAAAGAGAUGCGAUUAUGGAUUAAACACCAGCUCAUUGGAAACUGUCAUUGGAUGAGAUCAGAAAACAUUCAUGAAAAAUCAUGUUCAGGAAAUAAGGAAGAAGAAUAUUAAUGCUCUAGAGUUAACAUGUAAAAUAUAUAUGUACUGAGGUUUGUAAACUGUCCUUUUUAAAUCAAACUGAAAACAAAAAGCUUUAACCCUUCAACAGAAUUUUUAAAAAGGCAGUUAGUUCUAAAUUAUUCCUAUCUCAAUAACCAAGAGGCUGAUCAAGCAUCAUUUACUGAGGAAGCAUCUUAGAAAAUGCCUCUGAAUGUUUUUGUAGGAGCCGUGACCUUUGGUUCUUCGUCUCUACCAUUCAUUUACUUCACUGUAUACUUAGUUACAACCACCCAGUUAUUAAGAGACAUAAUAGCUUCAAACCUUUUACCAAGUCUGUGUUCUGUUUAAUCUGUCCAUACAAGUUAUUACUGAGAAGACUUUGAUGCCAUAUACCGUUACUCCAUCAAACUGUAUAUUACAGGAAGUACAUCUUUACAUCACAGGUUCCCUAUCUUUCAGGAAACAGCAUCAAGGAAGUCUGAAAAAUAUAGAAAGUCCAUUUCACCUUGGAUGCUCAUGUGUAAUAUUAUAGGCUACUAUCAAAUAAAUACUUUUUUUCUAAUUCUCCCUAGUAUAUGCAUAGGAAUUUAAAAUACGUUAUAAAUAAGUAUCUAAAAUAUCUUCUAUUUUUUUCCUAUUUCUUUGCCAUACAUCUUUACCAGAAAUCCAUAUCUUCUAUUUCUCUUACUGACAGGCACUCAUUUUUAUUUUUUAUAAUCAUUCCAUUAAACAUAUUUCUAAAUAAUAGUAAGUGGUACUAACAAAAUAAAUAAUAAUUUAAUAGCCUUAGAAAUAAAUGACUAUAUACUUAUACAAGUUGAAAAAAACUCAGUAGAAAUAAGUUACCUUUUUGUUUACUAAUGUUAGUUUCAAAAAGACUCAGAUUCACUUUAGUUGCUGACAUCUGGAAGUAGCUAACAACUAACCAGUUGACUUCAACAAUCGUUUGCUCCCAGGCUUCCCCCACCAUCAGCCUCACCACAUAUCCUGCCAAUAUCCAAAAACAGAGAAAUAUUUGACAUUGAAAUAGCCCACUGCCUGAGAAUGAACACAAGCUAACAUGUACAUGCAAGGGUACUUAGUGGAAGCCAAACCAUGUUCUAUACCUGAGCAGCAAACAUCGACGUGUAGAAUGCUUUGAUUCAUAUAUUCAAGAUUAAGAACAAAUUAGUAUAUAUCACACUAGAACAUCAGAUGGAGAAUAACACAAGAAGCGAUACAGAUCAGGGUUCACUUCUCUUACCCUCUCUCUGUUAGGACCACCUAUCUAUUUUAGCCAAAUGUUUCUGGUGCAAGCCAUCUUUUCACAAUAAAUGGCACUACGUUUCAAAUGGCUAAAAGCAUAUUACAGGUAUGCUCAAAGGAGUAAAAUCCAAUUCACAGAGAUGUGGCUUUUCUGAGGAACCAAAUUAAGGGCAUACUUAGUAUCUACAACUAAAGUAUUAGUCGUUCUGAGGAUUAUUUGUUGCUUUAAGUAUUAGCUCCCUACUGUAUCUGAAACACCCUACUUACUAAAUUUAAUUACACACAACUUUUCAAGAAUUCGUAUUUUAUUUGAAGGGCGGUCGGUACCUGUCUACCUUAUCUACAAUAAAAACAGAAGGUAUUGGCUUUCCUUCAUCCGAGCAAACUACAGAUUCCAUCGGGAGUCCUACAUCACUGACAGUUGUGUUAACAAAACUAAGAAAGUACUUCCUAUCCACAUGCAAAUGUUUUUUAAAAAGUUUUUACAUAAAACCUAAGUGUAAUUUAGCAUACCACAGUGCUCUGAAGAUGGGUCAUUGACGAUGUACCAUUUGUAUAUAGAUAACACACAUGUAAAUCACUAAAUGUUAAUUAAGUCUAAAAAGUAGGUUUUUAUCUUUUUAAAAAACAAAAAAAAAAGUGACUCCCUUUCUCAUUCUGUUCUGUUGUAUUGCGUCCAAAAGUUGUGUGUAAUUUUUUUAAGGUCCAGGAAAUGUAAAGAAAUUUGUUGGAAUAUCUGAAUUUCCAUAAAAAAUAAAAAUAAAAAUAAGAUUUUGUUACUUAAAAGAA